AUGGCAGAUACAGACUCCUAUAUCAAACAGCAGCAACUAGUAAAGGAACACAACCAAGCGAACCCGAGUAAGUACUAUACUCAUAUCCUUUACAAAGCUAUCAUAGUCAUAAUUUUCUUGGUUAUAAUCCCAGUUUUUCCCACACAAGCACCUGAAUUCAUCAACCAAACUCUACUCAACGGAAGCUGGGAGCUUCUGCACCUUCUAUUCGUUGGCAUAGCAGUUUCUUACGGGCUUUUUAGCCGACGAAAUGAUGAAACAGAGAAAGAAAUUAAUAAUAACCAAUCCAAGUUUGAUAAUGUACAGUCUUUCGUGUCUAGAUUCCUUCAGGUCUCAUCAGUUUUCGAUGAUGAAGUUGAAAACUUAUCCGGGUCUGAUGAAAGCAAGGUCCGGACUUGGAGUAGCCGAUACUAUAGGAAUGAACCUCCUGUUGUUGUAGCGAAAGAACAAGCUGUUCUUGAUGAACGGGGAAGUUCUAGUACUAGAAUAGCGGAAAAGCCUUUGUUAUUGCCUGUUAGGAGCUUGAAAUCUCGUGUUUUGGACGCAAAUAGUCUUGAGACAAUUAAGGAAAAUAGUGAAAAUGCUAGGUCUCUCAGUAGGUCAAAUUCUAGUUUGAGUUCCAAAAGGUUUUCAAAUAAAGGUACAAAUGGGGAAUUGGGAAGAUUGGAUCAGGAAACUUUGGUGAAGUUGAAUGAGAAUAAUAUUGUUCUUCCCUCACCAAUUCCAUGGCGCUCAAGAUCUGGAAGACUGGAAGUGAAGGAAGAUAUUGAAUCUGAAUUCAAUAGGCUUGAAUCUCGGUCAUUUAGGUCCCAAACUACUGUUUUGUCUCGAUCCAGUUCCAUGUCUUCUUCACCAAAGUUGUCCCAUUCACCACCUCUGUCGUCGCCAAAGAAGUUAUCUCCUUCUUCUUUGUCAACGGAAGCACAAGCCAAGAGUGCAGAAGAUCUAGUGAGGAAAAAGAGCAUUUACAGGUCUCCUCCCCCACCACCACCUCCUCCUCCACCCCCAGCAAUGAUCCACAAAUCAUCAUCAUUGAAGCCAAUUUCUACCUUGACGGAUGAUGAGGUUUCCUUUGAUGAGGAUUUGCCUUGGAACUUUGCUAGCAAACCAAAUGACUUGAAUGGAAGCAGGGGAGACGCAUUUAUGGGGAAACAAGGGAACUAUGGCAAUGGCUUGCCCAAGGGAAAGUCAGGUAGGAUGAUUCGGCCGGGUGAUUCGCUUAGUGGAACAAGGAAAGAUGGUGAAACUGAAAAUGGGAUCAAUGGCAAGGGAGGGAGGUUUGAUCAAACAUCAUUAAGGACUGAGAGGCUGAACCGUGAAAGUGUCAGUUUUAUGCCAAAGCCAACUUUCAUGGAAUUUCCGCAGGAAGAGAAACAAGAAUUUGUUGAAAAGUUGGUGGUUGAAACUACUGAUAAUGACUCGGAGAGUGACGAAGAGGAAAUUGGUGAAACUUCCUUUGUUUCAAGCAAUGAAAGAAGCUCAAACAAUGAGGAAGCUAGUCCAAGCAGCGGCAUAGAUGGAGGUUCUGAUGUAGACAAGAAGGCAGAUGAGUUCAUAGCCAAAGUAAGGGAACAGAUCAGGCUUCAGAGGAUCGAUUGUAUUAAGAGAUCGAGUGGCCAGAUGAAGAGAAACUCUACAAGGUCAUGGUAUACAGAGAUACUGUUGGUUUUACUUUUAUGUAACCUGCAACUACAAUGGAGAAUUAUUUCUACUCUUCAUCUUGUUGGUUAUUGCAUCCCUGCAUUGUUAUUAUCAGCUGCUCAACCAGCUGAUGAUCACAGAACAUAUAGCAUUUCCUCUCCGAAAUCCUCCAUGGAAAUUUAUCACGACACCCACUUUAUGUUGAUUUUUGAAAGACAGUUCGUGUUCAAUUACAAGUGCCACCCUUGGUUGUCAUGUCGUCCUUGA